AAAAAUCUCAUUUCAUUUUCUUUCUUCUUCUUAUUCUCUCUCCUUCAGCAACGGUUCGCCGUCGCGUAACGGUUGCGCUUUGUUCCUUUUUCUCUUUUUCCGACGUCAAUAUUUCCGCCGUACCACUACCAAGCUGAUUCCUCUUCUACCAGAACUCUGUAAAUUUUGCUUGCUUAUAUUCUUCACUUAACAUUUACCACUUCACAGUUAUCAGUAAACCGUUACGAUUUGCAAGAUGAUUGGAUCCUUCCUUACCAGAGGGCUUGUGAUGGUGUUUGGUUAUGCAUAUCCAGCCUACGAGUGCUUUAAAUCAGUGGAGAAGAAUAAGCCUGAUAUUGAGCAACUUCGCUUUUGGUGCCAAUACUGGAUCUUGGUUGCUGUAUUAACUGUAUCUGAACGGAUUGGCGACACGUUUAUUUCAUGGGUCCCGAUGUACAGUGAAGCAAAGUUGGCUUUUUAUAUAUACUUGUGGUACCCCAAAACAAAGGGGACACUAUAUGUUUAUGAUUCCUUCUUCAGACCAUACAUUUCAAAGCACGAAACAGACAUUGAUCGUAAUUUGUCAGAACUGAAAACAAUGGCUGCAGAUGCUGCAGUUUUGUAUUGUCAAAGAGCGGCAAGCUAUGUUCAAACCAGAACUAUUGAUAUUAUUCAAUACGUUGCUUCGCAAUCAACAUCACAACCACGACCUUCCCAGUCACAGCCUACCAGAGUUCGUCAACCUGUACCUAACCACAAGAAGAAAGUUGCAGCUCAAGAAGAGACCAAAGAGCCGCUACCUAACCACAAGAAGAAAGUUGCAGCUCAAGAAGAGACCAAAGAGCCGCCAUCACCUUCCACCAGCUUAUCAUCAUCAUCAAUGGCAUCAAGUUCAGGUAUUAAAGAAAUGGAUCAAUCAGAUGCAGCAGCACCUACACAAGUGCCACCGGUUGCAGUUGUCUUGAAAGAGCAAAAAGCAACCACAAUACGAAAGCUUCUUGGGACUGAAGAACCUAAAACAACUACUGAAGCAGAGACAAAACAAAUCGAGCGUUCGUCUUCUUUGAAUGUAAGUCCUACUCCUGCACCUAAAGACACCAUCAUGGAAGAGCCUGUUCGGGUAACACGUGCUAGGUUGAGGAAAGCUACCUCAAUUGAAUGAGUGUGUGAGAUAACAAAUGCAACUGUGGGAAAUAACACAGAUUGUGGUCCAGUGAAUGGAGAUAAGAAGUUAUCGUUUACGUAUAUUGUUAGCAAAAGGCCCAAUAUUUUGGCAAUAGAGUAAGAGAGAUGAAUGUUGACAUAUAUCGAUGCUAUCCCUUUUUCUGUGUUUGCCAUAACAUAUAUUGAUUUGCAUAAUACAAGUGUGUUUUCUCA